GCGAGCGAGGGCGGAGAGAGGAGCGAGGGAAAGAGGCAGGGACGCAGAGGGAGCAGAGGCAGCGCUGUGGCAGGCGAGGUGUGGCUGGUCCGAGCAUCUUGGCCGGAGGGCCUGGACCGGAGCAUCUCCUGCCUCCCUCGCUGCCUCUCGCCGGGGCGGGCAAGGCGCGCUCACCCCGGACCAUGCCCCUCCGCCGGCGCAGGCUGGGCCACACUGGACAUUCACCAUAAGUGGAGCUCCCCCACCCCACCCCCUCCUCCGACACCUUCGCCCACUUCCCUUCCUCCUCACUGCGGCGCCUGCUGCCUCCUCCGCGGGGACCUGCUAGAGUGAUGGGCUGCAUAGGAUCCAGGACUGUAGGGAAUGAGGUGAUUGCAGUGGACUGGAAGGGAUUGAAAGAUGUGGACCAGAUCAAUAUGGACAGCACCAGCUCAUUGCAUGGCAGUAGCAUCCACCGACCCUCCACUGAGCAAACCCGGACAGAUUUCUCCUGGGAUGGUAUUAAUCUGUCCAUGGAAGACACAACCUCAAUUCUCCCCAAGCUGAAGCGGAACUCCAAUGCUUAUGGAAUCGGGGCUCUGGCUAAGUCGUCUUUCUCUGGCCCCUUAGGGAUAUCCCGCAGCAUGAAGGAUCACGUCACGAAGCCAACAGCUAUGGGACAGGGUCGUGUAGCUCACAUGAUUGAGUGGCAAGGGUGGGACAAAGGUAACAGCCAGCAACAGCUGCAUACACAUGAGGCGGUGCGCAAGGAUGCUGAUGCCUACUCUGACCUGAGCGACGGCGAGAAGGAGGCCCGAUUCCUUGCAGGGGUGAUGGAGCAGUUUGCCAUCUCUGAGGCCACUCUCAUGGCCUGGUCCUCCAUGGAUGGUGAGGAUGUGAGUGUCAACUCCAACCAGGAGAACCCAGCAAGCAACUACAGUGAGAACUACCAGGAGCUGAUGGAGAACCAGGAUCACAUGGCCCAGACACAGUAUGACAGCUGGCCUCACUCCUAUGUCUCUCAGGGCAUGUAUUGCCUGGGCUCCUCUGAUGCUUGGGAGACCAGCGACCAGUCCCUCAUUGCUUCCCCAGCUACUGGUUCCUACCUAGGCCAGAACUUUGAGGAGACCCAGUCCAACCUGCAGGAGAGCACAGUAAUUCAGAGUAGCCUCAUCCAGCAGCAUCAGAUGCAGCAGCAGCAACCACAGGCCCUGCUCCAGAACCCGGGGCUUGUUGACAUGUGGCCCCCUCAGACUGCCUCAGUGGGUGGCGGUGGGGCCGAAUCCAGCACAUACAUGGGGGUGCAUACAGAGGAGGAAGGGAACCCACUACUGGAGAAGGCCCCGCUGCUAAACAAGAAGACCUCUCCAGAGGAGGACGAUGCUGUAUGCCGGGACCUGGAGUCACUGUCACCUCGGGAGGAGUUGGAACAUGCCGCACUCAGCCGCAAGGUCUCGGAUGUCACCUCGUCCGGGGUGCAGUCCUUUGAUGAGGAGGAGGGGGAAGCAAACAAUUGAUGCUGCCAGUGAGGAAUCCGUCACCACUACCAAAUGGGAGAGGGGAAGGGGGAAUGAAAUGACAGGAAAACCUCUCCCAGGUUCCCAGGCGGACGCACCUGUCAUUCUGACAUUUCAUUUUUAACAAAAGGGAAGUAAAGAACUGGAGGUGUUUGACAGGGUCGGAGCCCUCCUUGCCCACCAUCAUGGACUGAUCCCGUGGCCCCCUGUUCUGGACAGCAUGCUGGGGGCUCAGGGAACUCUGGACUUUAAAUAUUUUUGAUACAAGGGUUUGGCUGUGGAUUCAGACUGCUCAGAUGCUGGGAUGUGGCUCCAAAGAUACAAACAAUGGCUGACAGGGAUAUGGCUGUAUGGAUAGGAUCUAUCUUGGCAGAAUGGAUGUUGUUUUGGGGCUACAAUCUGCUUUGAUCCAUGGGAUAUGUGAAUACAGAGUUUGUUUUGAACAGGGCACAAGGCUGUGCAGAUAGAGGUUGCACUGAUAGAGGGAUUAUGGCUGAUAUACAGGAUAAGGCUGUAUGGAUAUAGCCACUGCACUAAUAGGAUGGAUGAGCUAUAUGAUAAAUACUGUACAGUUCUUUGACAUGAGAACCAAGGCUCUGUGGAUACAGACUGUACUGUGGUAUGGAUGGUGAGGCUCUGUGGACAAGGGCUGUGCUCUGGGAUGGGUGGCGUGACUCUGUGGAUACGGGCUGUGCUCUGGUAUGGAUGGCAUAGCUCUGUGGACACGGGCUGUGCUCUGGUAUGGAUGGUGAGGCUCUGUGGAUACAGACCUAAACCCAUACGGCAACAGCUGUGCUUCAGUCUCUUUGAAACAUUUUUCUUUUGCUCCCUCUGACAUGUCUGUCUGCCUGGGAGCUGCGGGGGAGAGGGGGGAAGCUAUUUCCACAUUGUGUUGGGCACUACAUGCAUGGGGAGGGGUCACCUGCUAUUUUCUACUAUAUAGACACGGUAACAUAAAGCUGACUUUCCCAGAGGAUUUGGGAGUUUGUCCACCUCUGUGCUGCUGCCUGAAUCCUUCCCUCUUUUCCUCUUCAGGGAGGCCAGGAAAAGCAGGAACAAACGGUAUCACCAUUUUCCAGUUUAUAUUGGAGUUUUGUUGCUGUUUCUUUUUCUACAGUUUUAUAUUGCCGGGUAAUGGUUCUAAACACAGUGGUUAACAGAGGGAAAGGCCUGUGGGCUGGCCACCACUGACCAUAACUACCAUACCAUGCUCAGUGUCCCCAGUCCCUCUGUGGUGCCAAAUGUGGAUGGAGGAAAGGGGGUGGGAGGGGAAUUUUUCUCCUCCCUCCUGUUCAUUUCUCUUUCCUGCUUUACAUUUUCUGUUUUUUCUUGACAAUGUAAAUAUUCCUUGGCACUGUUUUCUUUUUUUCUCAUUCCUCCCAUCUCUCUUUCAGGGGUGGGGAAGGCUGGGUUAUGGGGUUUUUUCCCCAU